AUGGCAAUCACCUCCUGGGACCUACGCGAAGCCGAAUCCCGGCUAGUAGACUACCACCGCUCACUUUCCAAAACCCCCAAAACCAUACGUCGAAAUAAAUGGCGACCAGAUCCGGAAUUUGGGGGAUUGGAAGAUCAGGUUUUUGAGGGGAUCUUGGGAGUUGGGGCUUUUGGGAGCGUUUGUAUGUAUUCUUCUUUUUUCUUUCCUUUUUUGGGUUUCGUUUUUGGUGUGGGUUUUGUUUUACGCUUUUUGUGAUUUUGGAGGAAGGGGCGGGGGCUGGUUAGAGGAGAAAAAAGGGGGGAAGAGGGGAGUGCGGAGACGGAAGAAUGAGGAUAUAUGAACAGAAUAUCCUCGCAACUCAAAACACCAACAAACCAGCUAACCCCAAAUCCCUACUCUAGAUCGCGUACUAAACCAAAAAAACCAAAAAUACUACGCAUUAAAGAUCCAAUCCGAAACGGCCGAACAGCGACACUCACGACAAAAGCGCACCGCAGCGCCCUCUACAUCCUCCUCAGACGACGACACCCUAGCCUACACCUACACACCACCCCUAACACCCUCCUCAGAAGCCAGCAUCCACUCUAUCCGGGAAACGUCGAUUCGAAACCUGAUUUCCAAACGCCAUCGCGAAAACAGGUGUUAUUUACAAUACAUCAAGAGCGGACAUCCGAACAUCUGCGCCCUGGAAGCCUUUCUCGAUUUUACCUCCGAGAUGGAUCCCCAUGAGAAGGGGCUCGUGAUACUUGCGAGUUAUUAUGAGUACUGUGAUGGGGGAACCUUGCAGGAAAUAAUUGAACGUUAUGGGGAUGGGUAUAAAAAAAGCGCGCGGAUUGUCGAGGAGAAUCGACAAGCGGAUCUCUUCAAUCGGCUUACCCUCUUGCCUAAAUCGAGGUGGCAAAGUAUUCAGGAAGUACCUUGUCGGAGACAUCCUCCGGAAUUAUUUAUUUGGCAUAUUUUUACGCAGUUAAUGGGUGCUAUUGCGUUUCUUCAUAAUGAACAUCCGGAUUAUAUGGAUAGGGAGGAACAUCGUACGAGAGCCAUGGUCAUGACCGCGGAUUUGUCGCCUGCGAAUAUUUUUUUGAAGUGGAAUACGGAGGAUUUGACCCAGAGGAGGAGAACGUAUCCGGAUGUUAAGGUGGGGGAUUUUGGGAGCGCGAAUUUUUUGCCAAAGGGAGGUCGCUUGGUGGGUGAGGAGAGGUUGGAUCUUGUGUGGAGCAAUCCACCUGAAUCUGAUGCUUAUGAUGGGAAAACUGAUGUGUGGUGUGUAGGGGCUAUGGUUUAUAUGCUAGGUACUCAAGCGAAGAUGUGUGAGUAUAUAGAAGGGAAAGUAAGAGCUGAUGAAACGAGAGAAUGGGAACGUAAAGAUGAACGGAUGGAAAGAGAAGCAAGACAGAGAAUCAACCCAGAAAGAGUAGGUGAAUUGGAGGGAAUGUAUAGUUCGACGUUGAAUAAAGCGGUGAAAGCAGCGUUGAGGAUCGAAAGGGAUAAAAGACCUAGUUCGGGAGCUUUUUGUAAACAACUUCAAACUUCUUAUGGAAUGCGUAAACUGCUUAUGUUUAGAACAUUGCCUGAAUGGGCUUUAUCGGGGAGAAAGAUUUUGAAGCAUGAAUUUCCUGAAGGAAGGAUUGAGAAUUUGAUAGCUGGGGAAUUUGAAAAGGAGGAUGCGAAAUAUUGGGAAGACGAAAUGAAAGGGGUGCAAGCACAAGAAAGACAGCUCGCGUUGAUGUGGGUUGAGAAGGAUAGAAAGUUGAGAUUUGGACUGAAACUGGAGGAAUGGGAGGAGGGUGAUGAUGAGGAUCAUGCGAAAUAUUUGGAGGAGACGAUUAGGGAUACCCCGGAGUUUUAUAAGGAGCUUUUAGCGGAGGCGAGGAUUAGUGUGCCGAGUCCUUGA